UUACAGUUUUAUAAAAAGUAUUGAUCUCCGAUAUAUGCCGGUGUAACUUACGAAAAGUACCCCCCGCUCUCAGCGUACCUUUACCCUACCCGUAAGAGUACUGCCAAUACUGCAUGAAAAAGAGGCCAUCACAAUACAGCACCAGCCAAGAUGGCGGUGGCUGAGGACAUACUAAAAGACCCUUACUUUGCUAAUCUCGACAUCGAUCUGAGCCAAUUUUCUGAAGAAGAGAAAACCGCGAUACUCGGUGUCAUGCAAAAAGCUAAGGUUCUUGAUCAACAGCGAGUUGAAGAUAAAUUCAGACAACCAACUGAAGGACAACUUAGCAAAUGGACUAAUCUAAUGAAAGGCUGGCAGUUUAGGUGGUUCACUCUUGAUCCUGAUUCUGGAUUAUUGGAGUAUUAUGUGGAUAAAGAGAAGAAAAAGCUGGGGCCAAGAGGAUCAGUUUAUCUUGGGGGAAGUAUGAUAGCUCCCAGUGACGAGGACUCGUUCACAUUUGCUGUUAGUGCAGCAAAUGGCGAUAUCUUUAAACUGCGAGCCAGUGAUGCAAAAGAAAGACAGGAUUGGAUUAAUAAACUGAGAAGUGUGGCUGAGUUUCACACAUCAAGUAUUGCUGAGGCUGCCCCACCACUAUAUACCACACACAGUUUCUCUCAGUCAUCUGCUCAGUCAAGUGGUCCUGUUAAGCAAACAGUAACAGCAGCGUCCUCAAGUGGCCAUCCUCAGGUGGCCGGGGCAGAUGAGUUAUUGUCAGACUCUCCUAAAGUGACACAUGAAACCUAUCAUGUACCUGAAAAGAUCAUGGAGCAAAUAUCCCACAUCAGAGAGGAUCUAUACAGAAUAGAAGAUCAACAGAUGGCUCUUAUUGAUCUAUUGGAGUUGGAUCCAACAGGAGAAGAAUCACUUUUUCCUCUGGAUAAUGAUGUACUGAUUCUUAAAGCAACAGCUCAGUCUGCUCUGAGCACAUUGCAUCACUGUUUUUCCAUCCUCCAAGGACAGGCGGCCGAUGUUCAAAGUGAAGCUUCAGGAGACGCGUUGCAACGGGACGAAAAUACUUCCGAGUUUCAAAGAACUCACGGUACGAUCGGUGACAACGCUAUGAGUCGAAGACGUCAUUUAAGUUUCAAGUCUCAUGGGGAUAAAACCAGUGGAGAGGGUCGGUCGUUUGGCUUCCAUAAGAACCCUGGGACUCCAAAAUCGCAAAGAAAGGACAGCAAAACAACUGAAAUUACCGCAGAUAGCUCAGGUGUGUCGUGCUGCGAGAAAGCCAGGGCCGAGAUGAAAUACAACGUCGCUCGUAGAGUGGAAGAGGAAACUGACGACGAGGCUUACUGUACGGCAGAAGAACCUGAAAACCAGUCGGUUGAGGAACAUAAAAGUGUUAUACUUCAUCUUGUUUCGCAGCUGAAGCUAGGAAUGGACUUGACUAAGGUUGUGUUGCCAACAUUUAUUCUUGAGCCGCGUUCGUUGUUAGAGAUGUAUGCAGACUUCUUCGCCCAUCCUGAUUUGUUUGUUAAAAUUCCUGACGGUCUCACGGCAGAAGAUAGGAUUUUAUCUGUUGUAGAAUUCUACCUAACUUCCUUCCAUGCCGGAAGAAAGGGUUCUCUAGCUAAGAAACCUUACAAUCCCAUAUUAGGAGAGACAUUUUAUUGUUCCUGGAAAGUGCCGAUGUCGUCCAACGCUAAACAACCUUCCACAAACAGUCAUAUUGAUCACUCUUCAACGGUCUCUGAUGACGGAAGAGUUUCGUUUGUUGCAGAACAGCUUUCCCAUCAUCCCCCGAUUUCCGGGUUUUACGCUGAGUGUCCAAGCAAGAAGUUGUGUUUUAAUGCACACAUUUGGACGAAGUCGAAGUUUUAUGGAAUGUCUAUCGGUGUGGUGAAUCAAGGAGUAGGUAAAGAUUGGUGGACAUCUCUCCUUCGUUACAGUGUUAGUGUACUGUGCUAAGCUCCAAAGCAAAUAGAAUUAAGUUGUCCUG